UGCAGCCCAUGUGGAGAAAGGUUUGGCUGGAAUCCCGAAGUCAUCAUCGAGAACUGGGAUUACGCAGGUAGAAGAGGAGGGGUGCCAGGAGAGGAGGAGGCAGUUGGGGAGGAGGAGGACGAGCAGGAGGAGGGAGAGGCAGAGGAAGGGGGUGAGGAGGACGAAGAAGAGGAGCAGGAAGAAAGCGACGAGCAAGAGCGUGAGAAUCAUGUGGACAAAGAGGAAGAGGAGGAUGAGUCCGUAUCAUUCUUCGCUAAAGAAGUGGCUGAAUAUAAGUAUGGCAACUCUGAGGAGGAGGCCCAGGAAGCGGGAGGUGAGGAAGAGGAUGAACGUGAAGAACCAGAAGAAGGACUCGAAAUGGACAUGGACUGCGCAGAGGGCAGCCCCGGAGAAUCCAGUCCGAAGGCGUAGAAAGAAACGGAUGGUGAAA